AUGAUCGACUUGAAUCAGCUUGCGGAAGCUGUUUCAAAUCUUAAUACCCCAGAUGAUAAGGUUCAGAAGAGGAUAACAAAGUAUUUUGAUGAAUUUAAUAUCAACUGUCCUGUUGAAUAUGUUCAAGGAUUGUUCACAGUCUUAACACAUAAACCAGAAUUACUAAAUGGAUGCUUAGCACUACUUAUUUUCCCAUACAGAAACUCUCUUAAGGCAUAUAAGCUUUACAAAACAGGUGAUUCCAUUAAUAAUUAUUGCAUCAUUCCACCAGAGCAAUUACAACAAUAUUUAACAACUCUACACGAAGUUUUAAGCGUAAAUAAUGAAUCAGUUCGCAAUUGCGCAGUUCAAAUUAUUGCAAUUUCAAUUACAAUGCUAUUAUAUCACGAAAUAACACCAAAUCCAUUAGAACAAGUCUUACAAAGUGUCACAGCCGGCGAAAAUUCCGAAGAAAUUAAAGUUUGUUAUUUAAAUGUUUUAUCUGAUUUCUUUGGCAUGCAAUCACACGAAGCAGACUUAGUCAGACAUACAGUUAGCAUUUUACUUCCAAUGAUAGAGUCAUCACCAUCAGUUCCCAUAGCAAAUGCUUUAAUUGGCGUUGUUUCUCAAUUAACUCCUUAUUUCCAAACAAUUUUCACUAUCGAACAGCCAGAAUUUAUUCGUCUCUUACAAUCUCUCAUUCAGUUUACUCAAAUUGAUGAACUUUUACAGCCAUCUUUAGAUUUUUGGUUAAGUCUCUGCCAGGAAUGGUAUCAGUGGCUUUCCAUUGCAUCAGAACUCAUCGACUUCAUUGUCCAAUUGAUCUCAUCUGAUGAUGCUGAAGUUUCCUGGCGUGCAAUUUCGAUAAUGGAUGAAAUUAUCUUGGCAGAAGCAGAAACAGAAGGCGAAAGUUGUCUACAGAUCGCAUACAACAGGUUUGACAGCCUUCUUCAGCCAUUACUCGCUAUUUCUUUGUCAAUUGACACUGAAUUUGUUGAAACCAACGAAAUAUUCGAUACAGCACUUGCAUGUUUACUUAAUUUGAUCAUGAACUCAUCAGUAAUCAGCGAGAAACUUCCUGCAAUCUGGGAAUUCGUUCAAAACGGAAUUUCUUCAUCAGAACCAGAAAUCGAAGUUUCCUUGCGAAUUAUGAACGCAAUUCUCGAGAUGCAAGCAGACGAAUCGAUACUUCCUGAGUGCCUUGAAGCAGCUGUUAGUUUUGCAGGCAGCGAAAACCAACGCAUUCAAUACGCAGCAUUGAAUUUGUUGACAUCAAUUGUCAAAUUAACUUCUGAUGAAACUUUGACUUCACUUUUAUCAGAAGACUUAUUAAACUUGUGUUCAUCUGAAACAACGGAGAUUUCUCAAGCCGCCGGUGAACUUAUUGAGUCCAUUUGUUCAUUGCCAAGUUUUGAGAAUCACUCCGAAUUGUUCCAAGAACUAUAUAAUCUCAAAACCGUUGGUUCAUUAAAUUGUGCUUAUACAAUUUUGAACAAAUUUGGGAGCAGCGAAUGGUCAUCACCUUAUUUAGCAGAUGCAUCAGCUCUAGCUUCACUUGCCCUGGAAGAAAACAAAGAACAGCUCGCAGCAAUUGCGUUAGUUAUUGCUAAAGAGAGUUUGAUAACAGGAAUGCCUGAUUCAAGACCAUUUUCCAUUCCUUUGUACAAAAUUGCGAAAGAAUGUUAUGAAAAAUUUGACAUUCCCGAAGCAAUUCAAUGCAUGGCUGCUUGUACAUUUGCUGAAGGCACUUCCAAGCUAUUGCCAUCAACAAUGAAUGUAAUACUUAAUUAUACAGAUGAAUUGGCUGAAAGAGUUCAUCAAUCUUUGGCUCUUUCUUCAAUUACUUUUUAUAUAUCGAAAAUUCCUGUCAAUCUCGAGAAUUACGUUGGACAAAUUGGUUCUAAUUUAUUGCGUAUUCUUUCUUCUGUUCAAAGUGAACCUGAAUCCAAACCAGAAGCUUUCGACGCAAUAAACAAUUUGUUCAAGUAUCACCAGAACGAGAUGAUGCUUUUCUUUGAUAGAUUCGUCAACGUUGUCUUCACAGCAAUUGAAUCUGUUGACAAACUGUUGUAUGAAGACAAAAACAGAAGAGAAAUCGGAGAAUCUCUCGCUGAUUCAAUGAUUACUAUCAAUGAAAUCAAUCCAAGUGAUGAUACAAUUGCUGCUUCUUUGGCAAUUAUACAGUUUAAUAUUGGUGUAUUGGAGAUGUCUCAGAGAUUGGCUAUUGAUACUUUAAAGUUAAUAGAAUGCUUGAUUAAAAUAGCUCCAGAAAAUAUGAAAAAUGUUGCUUCUGAUGGAAAAUUAAUCGAAUUCUUUAAUGUUGUUGUGAAUGAAGCUCCUGCAAAAGAGGUUCAAGAGUUAGCUAUAAAUCUAGCUAAUACAUUAGGUAUACAAAUAGAUGUAUCUAAUAAUGAACAAUAG